UUUUCAGAUACUUAGUACUUUCAUGGUUAUCUCGUCAAAUGCAUUUAUUGUGGGUAGAGUCGGAGAACUUGAUCUCAUAACGGCAGGAUGGCAUUUUUUGCAACGAACAAUGAAUAAUGAAGAUCGUCGUGGUUUUGAGAAAAUGAUCAGCAUGCCAGGAUUUUGCGUGAAGAAGUUUGAAGAAACGUAUCUACUGAAGCGUGUUAACCCUUUUGCGCAAACGGAAGAAGGCCGCAUUAUCAAAUUCAACAGUUCGGACUGUCCAUGCGGUAAAUCUCAAGAUGUUCAUAACAUUUCGGCAAUGAAGGAUCAACUUUCGAAUUUCCUCGAUAAAUGGGAAAAUGUUCAUGAGAAGUUUUCUCUUCCAACAGGUUCAUCGGAACUUACCACUUCAAAAACGCCGAUUGACGUGGACACAAAAGAACAAGAAAAUCGUCUGAAACAGAAAGCGGAAGCUGCACCAAAGAGCACUCCAAUUGAAAAUCACAAGAAAAAUAUCCAAGCUUUAUGUAAGCAAAAUGCAGUUGCUGAGCAAUGCCUGUGGAACGUCUAUCAUGUUUCAGGAAAACCCGCAGAGAAAAAGGAACAACGAAAUGAUAUGGAUAGAAACAUUUCAGGGGUUUCUGUAAAAGACUAUGAAACUUUGAAAAACUUUGAAGAUAAAUCACCACCCCAAGCAGAAAAUGCGUCGUCAAGCAAGAAAGAUGAACCUAUUUCUGUUGAGUGCACCGAUGAAACGUCAAGCCGUCUCAGCCCCGCUACAGAUAUCAGUCAUGAAAUGGCGGAACACGGAACGCCCGACUCCGGAAUGAUCUCCGACGUCAGCGAAAUCAAGGUUCUGCCUGCAGGAAAAAUUGAGAAGAAACUAAUAAAGGAAUUGAAUCCUGAGAUGAUGGUUGGUCGAGAUGGUCGGAGAUACCGUCAGAAACUUCGCGAAGCUGAGAAGCAGGCGACUGUAGAGUUCAAACUUGAGAAUUUUGAGCAAACUAAUGGCGAAGCCCAGAGUGUAGAGAACGAUAUAUUAACUGGAAAGGAGAAAAGACGCUUGAAAGAUAAACUGCGAAAGGAGAAAAAAGAACAGAGCAAAUUAUUUGUUGAAAAAGACUUGGAGAAGAACAAGGAAAGCAGCAGUGCUUCUUUGAGUACAAACAAAUUGGCGGAGUCUCCAACUGAAGCAGAUAAAAAUAGCAACGUUAUUCACACAAAUAUCAAACCAAAAGACAUUUGUAUCGAAACAGAAUAUCCUGCGAACAAUGAUAAUAAGAAGAAAAGUGAAGUCAUGUUUUCUUCCACGGUCACAAACGUGUUCGGGAGAAAUGAAAAUCAAACCAGUUUUGAUGUGAAGGAGCACACUGUGGAUUCAUUUGAAUUACUACCCGGAGAGUAUCGAAUUUCGAAUUUUGGCCAGCAGAUGGCUGAUACAACUUCUGCGGAAAUGACUGCAUUGGGAAAAAUGCCUCAAGAGGCUGGAGAAGUGAAGCCAACUGUGCGAGAGCAUUCUGGAGCCAAUUUUUUACAAAGGGAACGGAAUUUCCCGCUUUCUUUGAAAACCACAGUGAUAGCAAACUCUCCAGAAGGUGACAUAGAAGGCAAACGGCUUAGCAAAGGUCAGAAAAGACGUGCACGUAACAAGGCGAACAAAGGUGUCUACGUGGUGAAUGAAAACGGCUCACAUUCCAUUGAGUUGCUGCCGGGAGAAUAUAAACUUUUGGAACUCGAUGAAAACAAGAAAAUUCAAGAAUUUCCCAUUGACACGAGGCAUUACAUGAGAGAUGAUCAAACGGGUGGCGGAUCAAAAAUAGUUGAACAAGGACAGAGAACGAAAAAGAAGAAGAAUUUCUACGUUGCCGGGAACUUAUCUAAAAACAUUCUUGACAACGGAAAGUGGUUGGCAUACGUUAUUGACGAUAAAAACUCCGAUGGUGUUCCAAGAGUGGGAGAAGUUAGCACGGAAGAAGUACAAGAAACUAUCAAGUUACUCGACUCCAAAAUAUCUCAUAAUGCAAUACAAGAUAACAGUUGUUCCGAAGAUUUUGAAUUCGGAUCUUCAUCCAGUACGAAUUUUGUGACAGGAUCUAGCAGAAGUUUAUUGCCAGAGUUAGAUGCGGAUUUUGUUCGAAAAACACUUGCCGAUUACGAGGAAAAUGCAACAGAAGAUGCUGCUGAAAAUAACAAUGAGGUGUUUGAGUCGGCUAGCGAAGAGUUAGAAAUGUUCAUGAAUUCGGAAGGUAUUGCGCCAAAUUUCCAUUCAGAAUUUGCAAAGAAAACUUCUCCGCUUCUCGUUGGUAAUGCAGAAUUCAAGGAUUUUUGCAGCAAGUAUUCAAAUUCAAAAUAUGAUAAUAAGACAAUCUCAAAACUGGUCAAGAAAUACAUUGACACCAGAAUUGUACACCAUUACGAGAGAUUCAAAAAGCUUGCUGACAGGGAAUCGCACAGAAUUGCCAAAAGCUGGACAAAAAUCUACGAGACUUCCUCAUAUUCAUUGAUGGUCAUGCUCUACACCAAUAGCCCCAGCUCUUCCGUCGGUUUCUCUGAUUUGGAGGAAAUUUUGUUUAACGACAGAUAAAUCACUUUUGAUUUGUGUUUUCAAAAUACUGGAAGAAAAUUUUUAUGUUUCUAUUUAUAGUUUUAUAUAUGUAUUACAUUGCUUGUAGACUUGUAUCUGAUCAAGGAUAUCACUUAUUAAAAAAAAAAUUUCAUUACAUUUCUUUCACCUUCUUUCUCUCAUUCCGUUUUUAUUCAUGACAAAGAUUUUUUUUGCAC